UCGAUAGCCAUCAUACCACUGCGAACUCUUUGUUAAUACACUGAAAAAUGAACGGCAUGAGCAACAAUGAUGACUCAGUCGAGUGUCCUUUGUGUAUGGAGCCGUUUGAAGUAGACGAUCUGACCUUCUUUCCAUGUACCUGCGGAUACCAGAUUUGUAGAUUCUGCUGGCACAGAAUCCGCACGGACGAGAACAAGUUGUGUCCGGCAUGUCGAAAAGAAUAUCCUGAAAAUCCUGCGGACUUUAAGCCACUAUCACAAGAAGAAAUGAUAGCUUUUAAGUCGCAAAAGCGUCAAAGGGAUCAACAACGGAAACACAAGAUAACAGAGAAUCGAAAACAUUUAGCAAACGUACGUGUGGUUCAGCGGAACUUGGUAUUUGUAGUGGGCUUGCCGCCUCGACUUGCGGAUGCAGACAUAUUAAAAAAGCACGAGUAUUUCGGAAAAUAUGGGAAAAUUCAUAAAGUCGUAAUAAACCCGAGCACCACAUAUGCCGGGGUGCAGGGUCCAUCAGCAUCUGCCUAUGUUACCUACGUUCACAAUGCAGAUGCACUUCGGGCUAUACAAAGUGUUAAUAACAUUGUGAUAGAUGGUCGCCCUAUUAAAACCAGCUUGGGGACAACAAAGUACUGUAGCCAUUUCAUGAAAAACCAACAAUGUCCUAAAGGCGAUUGCAUGUACUUGCACGAGCUGGGAGAUCCCGAAGCCAGCUUUACAAAAGAGCAAAUGCACCAGGGAAAGCACCAGGAUUACGAAAAACGUUUACAUGAUGCUCUUAUUGCAUCUUUUGGACAGAGUUCACCAGGAAUUGUAAACGGUAAUGGAACUCCAAAAACAAAUGCAUCGAAUGCGACGGCCUCUUCAGUCACACCUUCGUCGUCGUCUGCGUCGGCUGCAAGUAAUGCCACAAAUGCAGUAAAUGUUCAGCAAAAAGAAGCUUGGCCUAGUUUAUCCGUCUCGCCUAUUAAUGGAAAAGAGGCCACUGCAAGCACAAACAACACUAAUGGAAAAAAUAAAAAAGACAAGUUUCGAAAUGAAAAAACCAGACACGAAAAAGUUAAAUCCAAAAACAAAAAUAGUGGAAGCUCAACUUCGAAUGUAUCAAACAAGGAAAACUUUAUUCCAGACCCCAGAGAUAUUGAAAAACUUACAUCUACAACUGCGGAUACGAAAACAAGUGCAAACACCUCAUCCAAUCUAUCAAGAACAGAGAGAAAUAAAGACAAAGAGUCUUACCAUGAGCCUAUUUCUAAUGAACAGAAGGAAAACAAACAAAAUGUUAAAAUUUCACAAACAAAAAACGAGGUCGAGUGCGUAAAAGACAAGGAUAAUUCAAUUAAGCUGAAAAAAAGGGAAAGCUGUGAAAUCAUGUCACAACAAAAAAGAUCGUCUUCUAGCGUGCAAAGGUCGUUGAGCUCUUGUAGUGAAAAUAGUGAAGGGCAUGUAUCAGAAAGCAGCGUGAGUGAAAAGAGUUUACCUGAUGAUUACCAGGAGAACAAGUGCAAUAUUUCGAGUUCUGAAACAUACCAAGAGAAUAUAAAGAAUGUAGAAAGCAUCAAUAAAAGUAGGGAGUCAGUGAAUGUCGACGGUAAAACAGUAUCAGAGUGUAAACCACUAAUAAACGAGAAUGUAAGCCCAGCUGUAAGCAGCACUAUUAAUAAUGGGCUCUAUUCAAGAGAAAGUCCAUUGAAUCCACCAGAUAACGGAAACCAAUUGAGCGAUGAAGUUUCCAAGCUUAACAUUUUCGAUGAUACAAUUAGUUUUUUUUCGUCAUCAGCAGCAUUCCAGCAAAGUCCAAUUUUAAAAAAUAAACAAGAAGUGGAAAUGCGUCAGUCCCAUUUGCCGGACUUGAUCAACGAUAUUGAUGGAAAUCAAAAGGCCUCAAAUACAAAUGAAUGGGAGGAAGCUUUUAAAAAUGUAAUGCUUCGGAACAAUAGGCAAGUGGAGGAGCAACUUGUUCAGCAACAAAAUCUACAACAGCACCAGCACCAUUUUCAUCAGCAAGUACUGCAACAACAGGAAGAAUUCCUUCGUAUGCACGAAUUACAAAAGAGAAACGACUUGGCAAAUAAUAUUGCGCUGACGCAAGCAAAUACUCCUAAUGCUGAUAUCCUUAGUCAUUUUCGUGGCAAUAACUCAAUUGAUGCGAAUAGAAUUCAAGUCCUGCAGCAUCAAUUGCAACAGAAUACCGGUGAAAAUGGGCUUUCGGCAAACAAUGCAUUUGGCGGCAAUAUGUCAAAGUUUUUUGACUUUCAUAAAAGUCAACAGCAGUCCCACCAGUAUCCUUAUGGUCAUGCCAACCAAGUCACGGGAAAUACGGAUGUGAGUGAUCAACAACGAGUAACAUCACAACUGGAAAACGGUCGACAAAAUUCCCCAUAUCUUGAAUCUGCACUUAACACGAAAUCGCAAAUUCAAAAGCAAAGGUUAAUUGGAAUGUUUGAAACUUUGUCCCAGCCUCCAAACUCGCAAUCUCAACUAAAUCGGUAUUCUCAAAGCACUAUUGUUGAUGAUGAUUUAGGUUUCGAUCCUUUCAUUGAGACUCAAAAAGGACUAGCUGAGCUUAUGGAAAAUGAAGUUGUUCAACAACAAAGUAUUAAUAAUGGAAACUCCGCAUUAAAAUUACAACAGCAAGCACAAGCUUCACAUCAGCAACGUCUUGAUAACAUUCAACGGGCUCGAAUGCCGCCUCCGGGCUUCAAUCAUAUGAAUUCGUUAGGUUUCGGGGGUCCAUCUAGACUGCAUUCUAGUAAAAUGAUGCCAUUUUUGAACAGCAGUUUAGUAAAAAAUAGUACCCAAGCCCAGCACCAAGUGCCACAGGUAACAAAUUGGAAUGCGAAUUUACCAGCAAUACACCCAAGUCAGGGACAGCACAUUGGAGAUGCACAAUUACAACAUCAAAUUGCUCACAAUAAAGUUUAUAGCUAUCCUGAUUGGACUGCAAUGGAUCCAGCUAUACUUUCAUUCAGACAGUUUUCAUCUUUUCCACAAAACCAAAUACCCCCACAUCCUCAACAACAGCAAGACAUGUUUUUACAACAUUUGGUUCAACAGCCAAAUUCUCAAGGUAGUAGUUUCAACACUCAACCACAACCACUUCUUUCUGGAAUGGCCAUGCCCAAUAAUAUUCUAAAUGGACAACAGCUGACACAACCCCAGGUCAAUGCCAAUGUUCAAGGCAUGCUUGAGUUUUUAAAAAGCCGCCAAUUUGUUUAG